AUGGCUAUUUAUAUGAGAGAUACACAACAGUUGGCCAAAAGGUAUGACCCUUCACCUCAUGAGGUGACCAAACAGUUGUCUGAAACACGUGUGGACACCACUCAAGACACAAAAUGUGAGUUUAAAAUAGACGUGGAAACCGACUUCGGACUAACCCGUGAAGAAGUGAUGAUCCGAUUGUCUGAUCCGAACGACCCAUUCUUCCUGUACAUGACGUCCAUCGAUGAACAGAUCAAAUCGACAGAGAAUUUGUUAAUCGAUUUCAUAUCAUUCCCGAAGACAUUAAUCCAUUUGUUUGAGACCUGUUUGGAUGAACAACACAAAGAUAGUCCACGUUUCAUACUAUCGAUAAACCAAAUAAACAAAGACUUCAUUACAUUAGAGAUAAUCGAGAAAAACGUUUUCAAACAUUUGGUUCACUUCUCGCUGAAGAUCGCGGCCGCGAACCAGGAGUUCAUAAAAUCGAGUUUCACUAAUGGUUUCCGGAAUCUUAAACUCGAGAACCAGAGACUCGAGAGUAGUUUGCAUUCACUGGAGCUGAAGAUAAAUGAAAGCCAUUUGUCAAAGAGUAAAGAGUUGGAAGUGAUUGACGGCCAACACAGGAACCAAUUGAAGGAAAUGGAGUUGAAGUACAAGAAGGAGAUUGAGGUUCAGAAGCAUUUGAUUAACGACUUGAGUGCUAAGGACAUCGAGAAUAAGGAACUGUUGGAUGAGAUGCGCAAAGAGUUGGCGUUGAGUUCGGAGAGUGUCCGCCGAGAGCAGCGCCAGGAGUCGGAAAGGGAUCUCCAGAUAAUGAGUGAAUUGAAUGGAAAGGUGGCAUCACUUGAGCACCAGUUGUCCGAAACGAGGGCCGCAUUGGAGUCGCAAACGAGUGAAACCGAGAAUUACCGGCAAUUGUCUGAUGAAAGGCAGGAGUUGUUGAAUGAACUCAAUUUAAACAACAAUUCCUUAGCACAGGAUCUCUCGAAAGCCAACGAAAUCAUCGGGAAAUUGCAGACAGAGAUGCAGUCCAACCAUCAGAAGCUACUGCUCUUGAAUAAAGUGACGUCCAAACAGGAGGAAGCCGUGGAUCUGCAUCACAACGCCGUCCAGAAGCUGCAGUCGGAUUUGCGUCAGUGUUCACAACACUUGAAGGCCAGGGAUAAAGAGUGCCAAACGCUUCGCAAAGACAUGGAUGCCCUCAAAGACAAGUGCAUCGAAACGGAGUCCCAAUUGACGGCCAACCAGAAUAUCAUAUCGUAUUUAACGCAACAGUUGAGUGAAUUGCAGGCAAAACACGGCAUCAAAACCAUUGAUAUAACGAAAGGGAUUCCUCCGCACCAAACGAGUGCCAAAACUAUAGCUCAAAGGAAUGCUAUCUUUUCUACUAAACCCCCCAAAAAUGAUAAUCUUUUCAGACGAUAAUAAUUAGUUAAUUAUUUGACUUUAAAAGUGUUGACACAAGAGGUGUGC